UUUAGAAUUAUGCACAGUCAAAAAAUAUAAAGACAGCAAGACACCUCGAAUGAACCUCAAAAAUUAUCAUUAAUCAUGCUGAUCGACAUCCCUUCGGGCUUUCUGCCCCCCGAAGCUCCCCACAAUGUGAAGAGCGAGAUCAUCGAUUUCAUGAGUACAGACCCAGCUAUUCCCGAGUACGAAGACUCGUUCGCUGCCAUAAUCGAUAAUUUUAUGACUGAAGACGAAUGCAAUGAACUUCUGGCAUUGGCUGUUACACCAUCGUCAGAUAACCCAAAUAUCUCCUCAACAGAGGAUGGGCCAUGGGAGCGCGCGAUGAUCAAUACAGGCAAUGAAGAACAAGCCAUGGCCACCGAAUUUCGCAAUUGUGGGCGCAUGAUUUUUGAAUCUCCAGAAUUAGCAGACAGGCUAUUGACACGACUCAUGCCAUUUUUCAAGCAAUGGGAGAUGACAAACCUCCGAGGUCAGCUCAAUGUAACGGGUCUCAGUGGUAGAAAGAAUGAGUAUACUCUUUCGCGACUGAAUGAACAACUACGGUUUUUAAAGUAUGUUGGAGGAGAAUAUUUUCGUCCACAUUAUGAUGGCGAGUAUCGAACUCCAGAUGGGAGUGAGGUAUCAUUUUUCACGAUUCACCUGUAUUUGAAUGGAGAAGGCGAGGAUGGGCAGGAUCUGAAGGAGGUUUUGAAACGGAAGGAACUGGAGGACAAAAAUGAAGUGUUUAAAAUAGCAGCUGGAGAAGAAAAUGGCAAGGGAAAGUUGCUUGGCGGUGCGACGAGUUUUAUGGGGUCAUGGGUAAAUAACGACAAGGCCGUUAGGGUUUGGCCAAAGACAGGACGAGUGUUGGUUUUUCAACAGUCUGACUUGCUGCAUAGCGGCGAUUCGGUAUAUAGUGGGACGAAGUUUACUGUUAGGACAGAUGUCAUGUAUAAGAAAACUCCAUGGAGCCAGACGUAGGUAGAACACUCUGAUCUGGAUAGCGUGAUUGGAGAAAUAAUCUCAAAAACACA